AUGGCUUCUUUAUCUGAACUACCUCCACCUCUUUCGUGCAUCGGCAUUGUUGCUAUAAUAAUCGUGUAUCUGUUGAUCUGCUAUCUUGUGAUCGAUUUUACAGUUCACGACGAGAACAGAAGCGGUGAUAUGGAUCACGGCUUAUUAUUAUCCGAGGAAGUGUUGCAGAACAUCACUUAUUUCUACAACCAUAAUUUGGGGCAUGAUACCUGCGCCAUAUGCUUGGAUUAUCUGCAGAAUGGUGAAUUGUGUAGAGUUCUUCCAGCCUGCAAUCAUGUCUUCCAUGCCGAAUGCCUUGAUCCUUGGUUGGCCAAACAGUUGACGUGUCCUACUUGCCGAGCACCCUUUGAAACUGAGCCACGUUACUACUUCUGA